GUUAUGCUCUGAUUUAAAUCAAAUUUUGCAUAUAAACUCCUUUUUGCGAAAGGAAACAUCUGGCGAUUUUUGGCGAUUCAAAAAAAAUUUGUUUACCAUUUUGAUGUUAUUACCUACCUUCCCAACAGUCGAUUCUUCAGUAAAAAUAUGUUGGAUUAGGUUGUAUACUGUCUACAUGGAAAUACAGUCUGAGUACUUAGGUUGGGUUAGUUUAUUAUUAUUAUGUGUUUGGAACAAUUCGCCAAUUACACUGCUCUGUGUCGGCAAGGUAGGGAAUGACAUCAAAAUGGUAACCAAAUUUUUCUCGAAUCGCCAAAAUCCAUUUUCACAGAUAUUUCUUUGUGCAAAAUGGAGCUUAAUUGCAAAAUUUGGCCUGAAUCGGAGCAUAACGGUUUUCUCUGUUACUUGCCCAGCAUCGGGUCCUAUCUUACCGACAGUUAUCUGAAGCUUGGUGCAAUAACAAAACUUUUCUACAAAAUAUAUAAUAUUUUAUGCAUUCUGAUGAUUUUACAAUUAUUAAAUAUAAAUGUCUCGAAUCAGUAAAUAUUGUCAACAAGUUAGGCGAGAUUUGACGGCAAAUAUUUUGUUUUGAAUGUUAUUAAAACAGUUAUUCGUUUGAGAAAAAUCUGGCAAAAAUUAACAAGGAUAUAAACUCAGAAUUUUCAAUAUGUUUCUGCGAGCGCGCUAUGAAAGAGAAACCGGGCAUUGGGAAGGUCUCCCCAACAACAGAAUUCAAUAAAUCUAGAAACGGCCACCAGAGGCAGUAGUAUCGCUGCAUGCCGAAAGUUUCCGACCAAUGGCAGCUCUUGGUAACGAUGGCGGGAUAAAAGGUAGCAGUCUAUUGGUUAGGCAAUCGCCAAGGGAACUGUAGUGGGACAACGAAUAAACAGAUUUCAAAGUUUCGAAGUAGUCACACCGUAAGACAGGCAGAGGGUGAUUUGAUGUCCGCGUGCGUGUGUUUCCCGCGAAUGUUGCUUCGGAUGCGUGCGUUGCGAAGUUUUAAUGUUUCUAGUUUGUACGAUUCUGUUUGUCGCGUAGUUCCGAACGUUUGACACGCAAUGUCACUUCGAAAUAGCAAGCAUAGUUCCCAUGACAGUGUUGAUAGUGGUUAUUUGACUCUUACUCCUCGUUCCGGUGCGUACACGCCGAUACUUUCUGGAUACAGAUCUCGAGUAUCAUGUAUAUCGUCGAAAAGGCAUCCCAGAGUUCGCGUAGACCCGCUUCAGUCAGAACGGGCUCAGAGGCAUCGAUCAAAAUUGAAUUACCUCUUAAAUACGUCGGAAUUCGAGUAUACCGCGCCGGAGAGUUCCGAAAGGGAAAGUUUCUCUCAGGAGACAUCAAGUUUCAGCGAUGAUCGACCGAGUUUAAGUAUCGAACAAUCGAGUUCGGAAUUAACUAAUCAAAGUAGUACGGAGUGCCAUGAAUUCGAGGAUGGAUUUCGGCGUAGAACCCGUCGAAGUUACAAGACGACAGUUCCCAUCACGCCAGCUUCGACGAGAUUGCAACUUCUUUCGCCACCCCCGUCACCGGCGGUGCCUUCUCCGUUCAUAGCCUCCGAGCCCAUUGAGAAAGAUAUGGAAAUGAAGCUAGUCAACGUGCCUCAAAGCACACCCCAGGUAACCACUUCGCCUAGACGAAAAACACCACCACCGACUCCGCGUAUCGUUAUUUCGCCAACCUGUCGGAAAGCUAGUCCCACGAUUAGUUCGGCGGACAAUCAGAAAUUAAGCAAGCUCUCUAUUAAGGAUCUUUCUGCCAUUGCCGAAAUUAAGCCAAAGAGGUUGGACUUCAGUCAUCGUGCCAUAUCUGUUGCAUUAUACCGUACAAGGGCCACACCAGACUAUACUGGUAGAGAAACAGUUGAUAUAUUGGCGCUUCUUGGAGAGAAAAGCAAUCACUGGAGGAUAGUUUCAAAGAUAUUAUCUUACCUUGGACCGCAGGAUCUUUGCUCAAUCAGUAUGGUAUCCAAGACGUGGAGGAGGAUUUGUAUUAAUGACUCUAGAGCUAAUACGAAAAGACUGACCCAUAUAAUACUCAGGCAGAAUGUUAAAGAGAACUUGAAGUUAAUCAAAAAAUCAAAGAUGGAAGGAAACAUCCAAACAAGUCCCAAAAGCAGAUACGCCAGGAAAGGAUAUUUAUUAGAGGUACAGAAUCUUCUUCAGGCACAGGGGAACCAACGACCACCCAGUAGUCCACCAGUUUCUCCCAGUAAAGUGAAAUUCCACUCUUUUGUCAAGGCUAGUCGUACACUUGCACCCUGGGAACAUUUGUUACCCUGUCCAAAGUGUUCAUUCCCUUGUCACGUGGAUGGCGAGAAAAACGUGGGAACGUGUUCGAGGCAAGGUUGCUCAAUGGAAUUUUGCACCUUCUGUUCGUCGAGGCCGCACACUGGUCCUUGUAAAACACCCCUGUUAGCUACGCCGACCAAGAGGAACAAACGGCUGGUCGUCGGCUCGAGGCAGAGUAAACGGAAUCUCAGGAGAUUAUAAGCAUUCCCUAUUAAACGAAAUCAAACGUUGAUCGCAAGAAUGAAAGUUGUUAGAUGAAUCUUUUAUAAAUGCUGUCACUUUACUCUCUAAUGAAACGUUUUAGCGUAUCGUCGAGAAUUGUCAAAUAGAAUCGUUCGAAUUAAUUUAAUUUAAUUUUGUUGCGAAGCGUAGUAUUUCUUUGAGAGUUAGCAUCGUCGUCGUUGUCGUUCGUUCAACAUGCUUUCCAAUGAAACGUGUAUGUAUGGACGAACGAUUAAUUUGCGUUUAAUAUUUUAUAUGUUUUAAAGUUGUGUACAAAUUUGUGGGAUUGAAAAAUGAAAAAAACCGAUUCAAAGUUAUAAUGGAUCGAUUGAUCGAGAUUUCUAAGUUCAUUAUAAUUUUGAUAUUACGAUACAAUCGCCGCAAGUUGAUUUUAACAACUAAUAGGAAACCAAUUAUUGGUAAUAAUUAGUGAUAACCGAAAUCAAACGACGCUUCUCCUUUCUCUCUACGUUACCCUUUUUGGGAGCCAUACUUUAUUUUUUACCAAUGUUUUUAGUACUCUAGUACGCCACUUUGGUUCUUUGUGCCAUCGUUUUUAAAGUUUUAAGGAAGAGAUUAACUCGGCAAUAAUUAAUCAAAAGGAAAAGUGUACAAGUACAAAUAUACAGCGUUAAUAUUAACCCUUUUACCACGGAAGACCACUGGACCAACUAUUCACAAACGUAACUUCAAUAUAAAGAAAUAUAAUAAACAGUGGUCGUCCGGCGAAAUUACAAGAAAUUAUUAAAAUCACAAAUUUCUGGUUAGAUAAUUAAAAUAAUUCAUAUAGAAAUGGUAAAUUACCUGAUGCGACAAACAAAUAUUUUUUUACAUAGCGAAUUACACAUUCGCGGAUUAUUUUUCUAUUUAAUGAUAGUAUUUAAAGAAAAGGGUUAAUACCGAAUAACAUAGUUUAGAGUAACUCAAGAUAUUAGCAGCUAAACGUUUAUUUAAAAAGUGCAAGAAAUAACAAGUAGUUCCUCGUUACAUGCGUAGCAUUCACAUUCCUUCGUUUAUUAUUUUUAUUUUUAUAAUUACUCGUUUAUGCGAAUUGUAGAUACCUCGAUUAAAUAUUAAUUUCUUUGAAAGAAUACCAAAUUUAUCGAUCAAUCAAAACUUAUCUCCUAAUUCGUCGCCGAUUAAAUUUAAUAAUUUAAUUAAAAGAUGAAUGUUUAUAGUAAUUCAAAUUUAUGGGUGUCUGAAAAAGAUUGUAGUAUUAUAGAAUUACUUUAUUUUGUAAUAUUUUUCGUUUAGGUAUUCAAUAUCUUGCCACUUUUUAUACGUAAUUCGUCUCUAAUUAAACAUAGAAUCGAGAAACGCGAUUCUUUUUUACAAUGUCCAUUUUCAAUUUUUAAAUAUAAGACCAUGUAUUAAUUGUUUGUAACAAUUGCAAGAGCAGGAUGAGAUUUGGCAAAAUAAUAAGUAAGUGUGAAUAUUUUGGUUGUUUAAAUUAUGAAAUUGAAAAAAAGAAUUCACCACUAUAAUGUAUUAGCAAAAGAAAGAUUACAUAUUGUAAAAUUAUUGUAAUUUUGAAAACAAUUACUCUAAUCUGCUUUAGUUUCUAUUUUGCUCUCUUAUCAUCCUUCUCAAAAACUAUGUUUUAUUUUUCGAUAAUAUUUUUAGUAUUAUAGCAGGCCAAUUUCAGGUGCCAUUUUAUUAAAGUUUGAAAUUUAUUUUUAUUUUUUAUAUUUUAAUUUCUACCGAUCUAGAAUCUUUAACGUUGUAGCGUUUGUAUUUAUUCAGAAUGUAAAUGUGAAUUUUCAUGUGGCUUUUAAAUCAAAUUUACGUCCUGCAAAAAAUUAAUGUAAUCCAUUUCUACGAAAAUUUUAACCCAAACAACGUUCAAUUAUUACGAUAUAAUUGUAAAUUGUUUUUAAAAUUAACGAAGAAACGUGAGUGCGACCCGUAUACGAGAAGAAAACGAAUGGGAACUGUUCGUCUUCUUGUGAUUUUCGUAUUUUUGAUUUCUGCUAAAUAGACGUUUAGUUGUUAGUAUCUUUAGUGCCCCUCAACUGUCCCAUCCCACAUAAAUUAUAGAAAUAUGUUCGAACCUGUUUUGUAUAGCAGUUAGACUUAUUACCAUUGUGCCUUAUAUUUGUGCUUCCAAUGGAAGUAUAUGUAAGAAAAUAGUAUGUAGAAAAUACCAAAACCUUCAACACGGUUUUCUCGCUAAAGUUUCAGUAUUGCGUACUAGAUAUUUUAGUAUAACUAUUAUGUACGGUGCGAAUUAGAUAUACAUUUUGAGCUGCGUUUGUUAUUUUCUUAAAGCAAUGAGCUUCUUCUAUCAAUUUAAAAAAUUAUGUUCUUUGUAAAAAAACAAAAAAAAAAACAAAAAAGAAGGAAAAAAGAAGUGUAUAAGUUUGUUAAUUUCAACAUGCUUAUUGUCUAAGAAUGUGAAGAUGAAGAAUUAAAUACGUUUUACUUUUAA